AUGUUGAUGCCUACCAACGUUGAUUCUAGCCUACAGAGCCUUACAAGCGGGGGGCCUGCAUCUACUGUGCUAACCCCAACAUCUAUAGCUAACCUACCUACAGUAACAACUACUAUUCAGACGAUGCAGUCGAAAGAUACAACCUGGACAAAACUAUUCGUUGGAGGACUCCCUUAUCAUACAACAGAUAAAUCUCUUAGGGGUAAUCUUACAGGUUGGUUAGUAAUCUUAGGGGCUAAACCUAGGGGUAAUCUUACAGGUGGGUUAGUAAUCUUAGGGGCUAAACCUAGGGGUAAUCUUACAGCGAGUUUACCCCUGCCUACCCUAAGACAAGGGUUCCCAACCAUCCUACCAGCUCAGUAUGGCGAUCUAUUAGCUGGCGGUCAAAUUGGUUUGAGUGGUGCCGGGUACACGGCAGCUGCUGGACCCGGCUCGGGGGCGUCAACAGCUGUUUCCUUGCAAGCAGCUGCAGCUGCCCAGGCAGCUGGGCCUGGCAAGGCUCGAUCAAGUAUGAACCUAGGUCUAAUAUCUGGGAGACAAGCAGUGCCUGGAGGAGCUGGGGGAUCCCCUUACCUUCAACAGCUUUAUGCUGCACAGGCGCCCUACAUGCAUCCAAACCUUCUCAGUCUCACCGGCCUUGGAACAGAUCCUUACUCAGGGAACCCCCUGCUUGAUUUCUAUGGACAGUAUGCUGCUGCUGCUGCUGCUGCUUCAGGGUUUCCUCAAGUUACUCAAGCUCAGUUUCCAACAGUAACCCAGACCAUGGUUCCAUCAAUCCAAUCAAACGGAAUAGAUUCUCAUAAUGCCGCGGCCCUUGCUGCAGGAGGCUACUUUGGCUAUGCUUAUUCACCUUUUACAGCUCAACAGCUGGCAGCUGCUGGGCUGACAGCAGCUGGAUUACCCUACGCUGCCACAGCUGCUCAAUCUCCGGCAGCUGCUGGUGCGCAGCAGCCGGGCCAGGCAGACGCCAGGAUCCAGUAGAGCACGCGCAUGCGCAGAAGCAAAGAUGAAAGUAAACAAGUACAUCAAAACAAACAUCACAAGGAAAAUCUCUUAAAAAUAUUAUCUUAAAAAACUAAAAAAAAUUUCAUGUUCAAAUUACUUUCUACACCCUGUAGGUUGGCAAUGAGAUGUAAAAAAUUCAACAUUGAAAUUAUUAAAUGAAAUUAGAAUGAUUUAACGAAAUUAGUAUUGCAUUCCUUAACUAUACAUGUAUUGUAAAAAAACGAGUUAAGGCCAAAAAAAUCUCAUUAGGACAGUAUGCUCAAAUAUAUGGGAGACCUUUACCUGUUGAACACCUUGAGGACUGUUCACUAAAAACUGUACUUGUUGAACACCUUGAGGACUGUUCACUUAAAACUUUACUAGUUGAACACCCUGAGGACUGUUCACUAAAAACUUUACUUGUUGAACACCCUGAGGAUUGUUCACUAAAAAACUUUACUUGUUGAACACCUUGAGGACUGUUCACUAAAAACUUUACUUGUUGAACACCUUGAGGACUCUUCACUAGAAACUGUACUUGUUUAACACCUUGAGGCUGUUAACUAAAAACUUUUCUUGUUUAACACCUUGAGGACUGUUCACUAAAAUCUUUACUUGUUGAACACCUUGAGGACUGUUCACUAAAAAUUUUACUUGUUGAACACCUUGAGGACUGUUCACUAAAAACUGUACUAGUUUGUACUCUCUUUGGUAAUGUUUAUGUGCGUUGUACAUUUUGUAUCAUCGGGGAUAAAACAGUACAGUACAAUCUAAAAUCAACCAAAGUACAUGAUUUUCCUAAUCUACUUUAACUGUACAUUAAAUACUUAUCACUUUA